UCGCUGUGUGAUCGCGAGCGAAAAUACACAAAUACUAAAUCUUGUGCAUUUGCACGUCAAAACGAUAUUACCUCGAAAUGGGCAAAUAAAUUCCAUUAUACAGUAUUUUUUUAGUGUGUGUUAUUGUUGUUGUUAAAAAUUGCGUACCAAUUUCCAUUCGAUAUCGUUUGAUGUUAUCGAAACGCAAGGAAAAUCACCACAUUUAGUUACGGUGAAAUGAUAUGAUAACUAAGGUGACGGAUAUUUAACAUUAUUAUUGCAUUCGCAAGAGUUUACCGGCAUACAAUAGCUUCGAUUUGCAGUAAUCCAGAGAUGUGCUCCAACACAAAUAGCUACGUACCAUAACAAUUAAUGCAAACAAAACGCACACUCCCCCCACACACAUACACACAUCACAGCGGCACCACAAAUCGAUGCAUUUUGGGUCACACCAAGAAUCGGAUGAUUUGCGCAAUAAUGAUAACUAUUUAGUGCCGUUAAAUUGUUGAAUUGAACAAAAAAAAAAAAAGAGAGAAGAAAACCUCCUCCCGAACGCAUAAGAUCACGUCAUAAGUGAAAAGAAAUUUAUUUAAUAAAAAUAAGGACAAUAGAAAAUGUCAAGGAUUGAUCCAAGCACAGUUUUAGCACCGGUCUUAGAUGAGGUUUCGCAUAUGACAUUUGUUUAUUUUUUAAUUGGAGCGCUUAUCAUAUACAUAGCCUGGCGAUCGACAUUUGUACGGCAUGAGGCCCGCAACAUACCAUAUAGACAACGUACUGUUUUUAUUUUUAAUCCACAAACCGGAGAUUUUCAACAGCAUUCACUCGGAUUGUUAUUGAACAAUUUGAAUAAUAAUUUUGCACAAACAACACCAACAUUCGAAUCAAUUUUGGACGAAAUGAAUGGCAUCACGUAUCAAUCGCCGCCACCACAACAAGAUGAAAAUAUUGAUGAUGAUUCAGUGAUUGAAGAAGAAACACAAGAAAUUAUCAGAGAAAUGGACCGUGAACCAAACAAUUUAUUCGAAAAUCAAAGCGGACUACGUAAUCGACGAACAAAUACGGUAACGGGGAAUAACAACAACACAACCAGUAAUAAUAACAAUGUCGAUCCUAUUGGUAUAUCGACAGACAGAGUAGAUACAGCUGCUGUAAAUACGGCUAGAACUGGAUGUGACACAGAGAAUCGUACAAAUGGUUCGACGACGAUUCCAGAGGAGGACGUUCAAUCGACAUCGGUUGGCGGGGCUGUGGAAAAUAUAAGUAGUGCCUCAAACGAAGCCACAUAUUCCAGCAGCGAUGAAAUCACCAUUAAACUUAAAUAUUUGAAUGAUGAUUUGAAAAUUGUCAAGGCCAGAACUAAUGAACCGAUUGGAGAUUUCAAAAAACGAAACUUCAAUGAAGAGUUGAACGCUCAAAAAUUGGUUCGUUUAGUUUUCAAUGGUCAUGUUCUACAACCCGAUGCAAAAACAAUUGCUGCCUGCGGUUUAUUCGAUAACUGUGUUGUACAUUGCUUAAUUCAUAAUCGGCGGCCAAAUACUGUCACCGAGUCCAAUCCGUUAGCAAAUAAUCAACAAAUUCCACUUGGUAAUGAAGAUGUGGCCGAGCAAAUGGGAAUCAAUAAUCUAAUGAAUUCCAAUCAAAAUCGAAAUCGAAACACACAACGUUUAUUGAAUUUGAGUUUAUUUCUGAUAUGUCUGUCGGUCGUGAUAUCAUGGUUUUUCAGAAUUCAAUAUUUUCAAUUAUUUUCGUGGUAUUCAACGGUUGGACUAGUUCUUCUUACAACAUUUUUUCUUGUCAUAAUUCCCUUAAUAUUUUUGAUUGAACGCGAAAUAUUUCGAAAUUUAUAAGUAUUAAAAGGAUUGAAAUGAGAACACAAAAAAAAAACAACAAGAAGAAACUACUUUGUACAUAUAUGAAUAUAAAAAAAAUCAUGCAAAUUUUCA